CUGCCUCUCCCGCUUCUCCCCCCAGCACGAUGGCUUCGGCACUGAGCUAUGUCUCCAAGUUCAAGUCCUUCCUGAUCUUGUUCUUCACCCCGAUACUGCUGCUGCCACUCAUCAUUCUGGUGCCCACCAAGUUUGCCAGGUGUGCCUACGUCAUCAUCGUCAUGGCCACUUACUGGUGCACAGAAGUCAUCCCUCUGGCUGUCACCGCCCUCUUGCCUGCCUUGCUUUUCCCACUCCUCAAGGUUCUGGACUCCAAGCAGGUGUGUGUCCAGUACAUGAAGGACACUAACAUGCUGUUCCUGGGAGGCCUCAUCGUGGCCGUGGCCGUGGAGCGCUGGAACCUGCACAAGAGAAUCGCCCUGCGCACACUCCUCUGGGUGGGGACCAAGCCUGCACAGCUGAUGCUGGGCUUCAUGGGCGCCACCGCCUUCCUCUCCAUGUGGAUCAGCAACACAGCCACCACAGCCAUGAUGGUGCCCAUCGUGGAGGCCGUGCUGCAGCAGAUGCAGGCCACGAGCACAGCCAGCGAGGCCGGCCUGGGCGCCCUGGAGCUGGUGGACAAGGGCAAGACCGGUGAGGUGCCAGGGACCCAAGUGAUUUUUGAAGGCCCUGCUAUGGGGCCACAGGAGAAUUGUAACAGGAAGAGCAUGUGCAAGGCCAUGACACUGUGCGUGUGCUACGCGGCCAGCAUCGGAGGCACUGCCACCCUGACCGGGACAGGACCCAACGUGGUGCUCUUGGGCCAGAUGCACGAGCUGUUUCCUGAGAGCAAAGACACCGUGAACUUCGCCUCCUGGUUUGGAUUUGCCUUCCCCAACAUGCUGAUCAUGCUGCUGCUCGCCUGGUUUUGGCUCCAGUGUAUUUUUAUGGGAUUCAAUUUUAAAAAGGCUUGGGGCUGCGGUCUGGAGAAAAAGAGUAGCGAGAAAGCUGCCUACGAGGUGUUGCAGGAGGAGUACAGGAAGCUGGGACCCUUCUCCUUCGCCGAAGGCAACGUCCUGCUCUGUUUCCUCCUGCUGGUCACCCUGUGGUUCUCCCGGGACCCAGGCUUCAUGCCUGGCUGGAUGUCGGUCGCCUGGAUGGAGGGCGAGACAAAGUAUGUCACCGACGCCACCGUGGCCAUCUUCGUGGCCAUAUUACUAUUCAUUGUGCCUUCGCAGAAGCCCAAGUUCAACUUCUGCAGCCAGACUGAGGAAGAAAGAAAGACUCCGUUUUAUCCGCCUGCACUGCUGGAUUGGAAGGUGACCCAGGAGAAAGUUCCCUGGGGCAUUGUGCUGCUGCUGGGGGGCGGAUUCGCUCUGGCUAAAGGAUGCGAGGCCUCGGGGCUGUCUGAAUGGAUGGGGACGCAGAUGGAGCCCUUGCACGUUCUGCCCCCAGCAGCCAUCUCCUUGGUCUUGUCCUUGCUCAUUGCUGUAUUCACUGAGUGCACAAGCAACGUGGCCACCACCACCCUGUUCCUGCCCAUCUUUGCCUCCAUGUCACGUUCCAUUGGCCUCAACCCGCUGUACGUCAUGCUCCCCUGCACCCUGAGUGCGUCCUUUGCCUUCAUGUUGCCUGUGGCCACCCCACCUAACGCCAUCGUGUUUGCCUACGGACACCUCAAGGUUUCUGACAUGGUGAAAACAGGAAUAAUGAUGAACAUAAUUGGAGUCUUAUGUGUGUUUCUGGCGGUCAACACCUGGGGACGGGUCAUGUUUGACCUGGACAGUUUUCCUGACUGGGCUAAUGUGACUCAUAUUGAGACUUAGGAAGAGCCUCAAGUGCAUAACACAGCCCCGCCUUCCUGAGGACUUCCGAAGCUUCCGGCACACCGUACAGCAGAGCUUUGGGGUUGACACCCCAAAGUGACCUGAUGAU